AGUCAUAUGAACGCGCUAUCAAAGCUGGGCCUCGUUAGUCUUUGGUGAGCUACCGCACGGAUAACGCGGCUCGUCUAGGCUUACGAAGUAAAAAAGUGAGCUGAGAGAGAGUUUUGGGUUUUCCGAAACGGUGGGGGAAAUCAGUGACACAAGAGAAGGAUAAGAAUAAUGUAGUUAAUUUUUGAAAACGAAAGAAGAAAAUUGAAAAAAGUGAAUUUUCAACGAAUUUUAAAAAAAAUGAAGAAGGAAAAAACAGAAGCAAGUAGAAGCAACGAUAAGCUGGUGAAAAUGCAGUGAAAAUCUAAACGAAUCAGUGCUAAUUGGCGAAGUCAACAGUGGAUAAGUGACGAUAGAAUUAAACACAAAACCUAAGAAAACAAGUGCCAACUUCAGUUAGUAACAACGAAGAAAUGUACGUCCGACUGGUAGCGGCCCUUCUGGGGUUGGCCUUGGCCACAACGGCCGUCGGCGAGGACCAGCGGAAGCAGUGCAACAGUUCCGCUGGCGAGGUCACGGGCGAUUCCACCGUAAUUGGGUGGAGUUGGUCCCACGUGGCCAGCAACAGGUCAACUGCCAGUGGGAUCAGCGUUGCCAGCAGCAGCAGCGGGAACCUCAGUGAAAUUGACGAGCUUCUGCUGAGUGGGGUGGGGCAAAAGUUUAGGACAGAAUUUGCCGGGGCAGCCCGGCUGGAGCAGGAGGAGCGGCUGGAAGUUGGGGAGGAUGAAGCAGAGUAUGUUUCCAUUCUGGGCCAGAAGUUUUUCUCCAUCCACGCGCCGUUCAACCCGGCCUACAGCAGUCGAGUUUCGCCGGGCUGUAAGCGAGCCUCUGACGCGUAUCUGGCAGCACUGCGCACCCCCCGGCUGUGGGCCUGGCGAAUGCACGACGCCAGUGGGAAGAUCAGCUCCGGCGUUCUGAACGGCAACAUCAACCAGUACGGUGACUACGACCAGUGUCUGAACGUCAACGUGCCAACAACCGCGAGCAGCAGCAGCAACAACGAUCCGUCACUUCAGGGCCGGUACUGCCUGGCCGGAAUACAGCCCAGCGUUGCCAGCACGGCGCUGCUGCAGCACGUGUUCAGCCUGGUGCAGUCGCACGGGAUGCUCAAAAGUCAGCUGGGUGAUCCAGGGCACCGAGUACCCCGCUUCUCCACCAUCAACUGGGGCCUCUGCGUUCCAGCGGCCUGCACCCCACAAGAUGUCCAGCACUCGCUAGCCGAGUUCCUGCGCGACUCUACCGAGGGCACCGGCCUGCGACUGGACGUGCUCAUCGAGCCGGAACUUUGCGAGGUGCGCGAUGCGGUCUGGAAGCGGUACUACACGCCCAACACGGGCCGCGUUUGGGCGGGGUUCGUCGCCUACCUGGUCCUGGUGCUCCUGUCCACCGCGUACGAGCUCCGAUCGGACAGCAAAAACACUUGGCUAACGUCCUUUUCGUUGAUCCGUAACACGCGGACCAUCUUCUGCGUCAAGGACGAUCCGAACGAUGUGGCGUGCGUGCACGGAAUUCGCUUUCUGAACGCCCUGCUCCUGAUCAUUGCUCACAAAUCGAUGGCGAUGUUCUUCAAUCCGUACACAAAUCGCACCGGGAUGAGUGAGACCCUCGGUCAACCGUGGACCGUGAUCGGCCGGGCAGCAUCCAUCUUCACCGACCCGUUCAUCAUGUUCAGCGGCUUCCUCACAACCUACUCGCUCGUGGGUCGUUGGAUGCGUGGCAAGCGGGUCAAGCUCUACCAGGACUACAUCGGUCGACUGCUCCGGAUAGCUCCACCCCUCGGAGCGCUCAUCCUGUUCUGCACGUUCGUGCUCCCCUUCCUCGGCAGUGGCCCCCAGUGGAACCUGGUCGUCACCGGGCACGGGGACAUUUGCAAGAAGUACUGGUGGCGCAACAUGCUUUUCAUCCACAACUACUUUGGCUUUAAGGACAUGUGUCUGACGCACACGCACCACGUGGGCAUCGACACGGAACUGUUUGCGGUGUCGCCACUGUUCAUCUGGGCCCUCUGGAAGUGGCCCCGGAAGGGUGCGAUCGCGCUGGUCGUGCUCGCACUCGUCAGCACCGUGCACCGCUUCUUCAUCACCUACAACCUGCGGCUGUCGAACUACGUGUACUUCGGGACGUCCGUGAAACAACUGUUCGACACGGCCGACCUAAUGUACAUCAUUCCGUACUACCGGUUGACCGUUUACCUGAUGGGCGUUUUGCUGGGUUACGCGUGUCGUGUCUACAAAUCGCACCGUCUAACACCGAACCAACUCCGGCUGGGCUGGUACGCGACCAGCAUUCUGCUGGUGUUGGCCUUCUUCGGACCGGCCCCGAUGGGAUCCAUCGACUACCAGUACAAUCCGCUGCACGCGGCCAACUACGCCGCCUUCUCGCCGAUCGCGUGGUGCAUCUUCUUCGCGUGGACCGUGUUCGCGUCCCAGCUGGGAUAUUCUAAUAAACUAAUCGAGCUGUUCUCCUGGCGGGGAUUCCGGGUGACCACCAAGAUAUCGUACGCCAUCUACCUGACGCAGUUCCCAAUCUUCUUCUUCAACGUCGGAAGGGUACGGUCGGCGACGCACUUCAACUUCGUCUCGAUGGUUUUGCUCGACCUCACCGAGUACAUCGUCAUCUUCGGGGCGUCCUACCUGCUGACGGUGCUGUUCGAGGUUCCGUUCAGCAACAUCAAGAAGCUGCUGUUUGACGACGGCCGAAGGAGUGCGACAAAGCUACCCAGCCAGGACGAGUGUGAUUUCAACGAGAAUAGCAACAAAACGAUCGUCUAUCCCUCGAAUCAGACCAAGGAUUUGGCGGACUGAUGGACGCGAGGACCGUGAGGCACGUGUGUUCA